AAAAUGACUCACUUGAUCAAGUCAAUACUCAUAUGGCCGAAACAUGCCAAAGAUAGUAAGUUAUAUGUUAUAGGCUUCUUAGAGUCAAUAGUAGCUUAAUCUCACUCUUUCUACUAGAUUUAUUUGUCAACAAUGGUGCUAUUCAAUCAUAUUGCAGCAUUCCCUAAUAAUUUGCUCCAAGAACAUCAUCUAAUUGUUAGAUGAUUAAAAUUCAAACAUGGUAGAUCACUUGCGGAAAGUGGUAUAUUCCAGUCCCACUCAAAGCAGAUCCUAAACAAGGAUAUGCUUCAAUAUUCCAUGAACCCACAAAAUAAUAAGUUCAUGUUCGAACCUGAGGUUCAGGGUGUGCCAUUACUGGACAAAAUCUAUUUGCUCAAACUUUCAAUUAUUCUUGGACUGACAACUAACAAAGUCUUGACUUGAAGCUGGUUUAGUUUUGGUGCAGGUUGGCUUUGGUGCAGGUUGGCUAGAGCAGAGUACAUCUGAUGUCCUGGCAGCCCUGCAAAACUAACUGUAUGAAGUAUAUUUCUUUUCUUUAAAAUGAAAACUGAUAUAAUAUAUCAGAUCUAAACUUUUCCUUCAAAUCAGAAGAAAUUCACACAAACACAAACUUUAUACUCCCCAGAAUAAAAUUUUCCACUGCAACUUGAUCUUUACACAGAUAAACUGAUAAGUCUUGCAAAAGUCUACCUGUUAUUUGAUUAGACUUAACACCAAGGCUAAAACGAGCAUCUAAUCAAAUAACCCUAGAAACCACAUACCAUCAUACAAUCUUUUCUCCAAAAUAAUUAUUUUUUUUCGACAACGGCAAGAGUUAUUGCUCUUUCUAUCUUACGCACUGACAUUACUGUAGAGUUACAUAACGAAAGAGAUUUAUUGCAAACAGAAACAACUAAUGGUAUUCAAAUUUCCAAAUACCAAGGAACAAUUACAAGAAUUCUGUGAUACCAUUUGUUGUCUGGUGAUAUCAUAAUUAUGUUGGUGGUGGUAACCAUACACGCUAUUUGAGACUUACAUCUUCCAUGCUCUAAUCUUUCAGCAAUUCAUGCAAAAGAUUUUACUUAAUAAUUUCUAGACAGGUCCAAACCACAAACCUGAUUUGGUCUCAAGCCGGACCUAAAUAUUUUGAAUUAAGUCCAUGUCAUCCAUCCAACUUGCACGAUCUGCUGGGUCUAGAAUAAUUUUCACAAACUCGACUCAGUCCGCUAUUGGGUUAGUUCCAUAUCUAAUAUCAAGAGCUAAACAUGAAACAAGGUCUGGUUGAGGUCAACCAUGUCUAUGUCGGGCCAACUAUAUGCAGCCCUAAUAUCUCUUCUCUAAGGCAUAACACCAACAAGAGCGGCGGUGAUCACAACCCAAAACUUAAACCGUUCUUCCAAACUUCCGUCUCCCACGUCCUUCUGUUAGCAAUUCGGUCAAACACUUGGGGAGUGUUGACGCAGAGGGACGGCCGGUCCAAGGUAGAGCAGAGCUAGGGAAGCGAAGAUGCUCGCCGCGAGGGCGACUACUCCGCACCACCAACGCCCCAUUCUACCCCCCAAGCCCCUCCAGAUCCCUAACCUGAACCCCAAUCCUGGCCUCAGGCUUCGAUCCGCCAGGGUCCCCCGCCUCCUUUCUUCCCUCAAAUCCACCCCGCUCAGCAGCAGCACCGAAGCGGCGGCGCCUCUCCAGACACCGGCCCAGACGCGCGUGGACAUCCUCUCGGAGUCGCUCCCGUUCAUCCAACGGUUCCGCGGGAAGACGAUCGUGGUCAAGUAUGGUGGCGCCGCCAUGAAGUCCCCGGCCCUCCAGUCCUCCGUCAUCAACGACCUCGUCCUGCUUUCCUGCGUCGGCCUCCGCCCCGUGCUCGUCCACGGCGGCGGCCCGGAGAUCAACUCGUGGCUCCUCCGCCUGGGCCACCAGCCCCAGUUCCACAACGGCCUCCGCGUCACGGACGCCCUCACCAUGGAGGUGGUCGAGAUGGUCCUCGUCGGCAAGGUGAACAAGUCCCUCGUGUCCCUCAUCAACGUCGCCGGGGCCACCGCCGUGGGCCUCUGCGGCAAGGACGCCCGGCUCCUCACCGCCCGCCCCGCCCCCGACGCAGCAGCCCUGGGCUUCGUGGGCGAGGUGGCCCGCGUGGACCCCACCAUCCUCCGGCCCAUCCUUGCGGACGGGCACAUCCCCGUGAUCGCCUCGGUGGCGGCGGACGAGGGCGGGCAGGGCUACAACGUGAACGCGGACACGGCGGCGGGGGAGAUCGCGGCCGCCGUGGGGGCGGAGAAGCUGAUCCUGCUGACGGACGUGGCGGGGAUCCUGGAGGACCGGAACGACCCGGGGAGCCUGGUGAAGGAGAUCGACAUCAGCGGUGUGAGGAGGAUGGUGGAGAAGGGAAAGGUCGCCGGCGGGAUGAUACCUAAGGUCCACUGCUGCGUUAGGUCGCUCGCCCAGGGGGUCCGCACGGCCAGCAUCAUCGACGGCCGCGUCCCCCACUCCCUCCUCCUCGAGAUUCUCACCGACGAGGGCGCCGGGACCAUGAUCAAGGGUUGAUUCCUCUCCCCCCCCCCCCCUCCUCAAAAUUACUGCUGGCUGUAAUUUUGUUGUUCCUUCUACCUUGUUAGUUUUCAUGCUGACGAUUUUUAUUUAGCUCAUGAAUGAAUGUGUUAUGCUGUUUGAAUAAGAUAUCGAUUUAGAAUGAUCAUGCACAA